GCAGAGCGCUCCCUGGAAAGUCUCCGGGAGGAAGCGCCACGUCCCAUCUGUCUGGCGGAUUUCACAGCCCCUGUCACUCUGGAGUGUGGGCACUAUUUCUACCAAGUCCCCCUCAGCCGUUGGUGCAGAGACACUGAGCAGCAGGGACCCCUCCGGCCCAACUCGCAGCUGACUACAAUGGUCCAACUAGCCAAACCGCUGAGUUUCCAGGCAGCAAAGAGAGCAAGAUGGGACGGGGUGUGUGGGGAGCACCAGGAGGCUCUGAAGCUGUUCUGUGAAGAGGAUCAAACUCCCAUCUGUGUGGUGUGUGACAGAUCCUGGGAUCUAACGAUGGCGCCUGUACAGGAAGCUGCCCAGGAGUACAAGGAAAAAUUGGAGACUCAUUUGAAGACUCUGAAGAAGGAGAGAGAAAAGCUGCUGAGAAGGAAAACAACAGCAGAAGGGAAAAGCCAGGAGUAUCUGAAAUGGACCCAAGCCAAGAGGCAGAUGAUUGUGGCUGAGUUUCAGCAGCUGCAGCAGUUCCUGGAGGAACAAGAGCGACUCCUGCUGGCCCAGCUGGAGAAGUUAGAUGGGGAGAUUGGGAGGUUCCAGACUGACACUAUCAGGAAACUCUCUGUGCAGAUUUCCUGCCUCAGUGAGGGGAUCGGUGAGCUGGAGGAGACGUGUCAGAAGCCAACAAGUGAAUUCCUGCAGGACAUCAGAAGCACCUUGAUUAGGUGUGAGACGGGGCAGUUCCAGCUGCCAGAGAUUUCCCCUGAACUAGAAGAACAAGUCAGAGGUUUCUCCCAGAAAACGAUUGCACUGUUGGAGACUCUGAGGGAGUUCAAAGACACUCUGCCCUCUGCACUGGAGAGAGCAAAAAGAAAAUCUCUGGGAGCUUUCAGACAAGGCUGCAGAACACCCAUGUCUAUCUGCAGUUCAGCCUCUGACCUGCAGAGCCAGGGACAGGAAAUGGCUGUGGUGGAGCCGGUGAGCUUCGAGGAGGUGGCUGUGUAUUUCUCUGAGAAGGAAUGGGCUCUGCUGGACCCGGGCCAGAGAGCCCUCUACAGAGAUGUGAUGCAGGAGAAUUAUGAGUCUGUGAACUGGCUGAGAUUUCCAGUCUCUCAAACUGAUGUAACCUCCUGGGUGGAGCGAGAGGGGGAGUUGUGGGUCCCAGAUCCCCAGAACUGUGAGGAGGGAGAGAGCAUCAGCAACACCCACACAGGUGAUGGCAUGCUGACUGAGAAGCAUGAGAAGAGUCUUCAGCAGAAAGAAUGGGAGGAAGUGGCUCCAUGUGAGAUAUUAUUGGGAAGAUCUGAAGGGCAUGUUUUCCAGAUACGUGAAGAAGGAGAGAGCUGUGAGAGUCAGCUUACCCUAGAAAGGCAGCAGGGAAACCAUCCAGGAGGGGGACAGGGUAACUCCAGUCACAGGAGCAGAAGGGAGAAAAGAAACACAGAAACCAUUCAACAGGAAAUCCCCCAUCAACAGUCACCCUGCACUUGUAGUGAUUGUGAAACUCUUAUUGAACAUCAAAGAGCCCACACAGGAGAGAAGCCCUUCAAGUGCUCUGACUCUGGGAAAAGCUUCAGUGAGCUCCCACACUUUACGAACCAUCAAAAAAUACAACCCAGAGACACACCUCAUAAGUGCUCUGAUUGUGGGAAAAACUUCAGAAGCAGCUCACACCUUGUUACCCAUAGGAGGAGCCACACAGGGGAAAAACCCUUCAGCUGCUCUGACUGUGGGAAAAGCUUCAGUAGAGGUUCAGACCUUGUUAUUCAUAGGAGGAGCCACACAGGAGAGAAACCUUUCAAUUGCUCUGACUGUGGGAAAAACUUCAGUAGAAGCUCAGGCCUUGUUAGUCAUAGGAGGACCCACACAGGAGAGAAGCCCUUCAGCUGUUCUGACUGUGGGAAAAGCUUCAGUAGAGGUUCAGACCUUGUUAUUCAUAGGAGGAGCCACACAGGAGAGAAACCUUUCAAUUGCUCUGUCUGUAGGAAAAGCUUCAGUCAGAAGUCAAACCUUGUUACCCAUAGGAGGGGCCACACAGGGGAGAAACCUUUAAAUUGCUCUGACUGUGGGAAAAGCUUCAGUCGGUGCUCCUGUGUUACUAGCUAUCAGACAGUACAUACCAGAGUCACCUUUUAACAGCUCUGAGUGCAGAAAAGGCUUCAAACACAGGUCACGCUUUGUUAAACAUAAGACAACCCACAGAGGAGAGAGAACCAUUCAGCUGCUCUAACUGUGGGGAAAAGCUUCAGUCAGAACUCAAAUCUUGUUAGCCUUCAGAGGACCCAUGGAGGGAAGAAACCUAUAACCUGAGUUCCCUUAAGCUGUUUGGCCAGGUGGCUGUGGUGCAGCAUAUUAUACAAGCUUAUAGGGCUUUGGUGAGGAGAGAUACCUCUAUCCAGUGGUCUCAAACCUGGCCCAGACGUGCUGUGGUCAGAGGACAGUUGGCUAUCCCAUGGCCCUGGCCCCGACCCCAGCCCCAGAGCUACCAUGUCAGGAAGAGGUGUUUCUUCCUCCUCCUCCUUCACAGUAGCACCUAAGCUGGGGGCACUCUGGGGAUUCUUCUCUCCUCAAUGUAGCCUUUCUGUGACCUACAUGUCAGUCCCCUCCAUCUUUGAGAUAACACCCCCAGCUGGAGCCCUCAACCAGUAUUCCCUCUUAAGAUUUUCCACCCAUGAGAGGAGCAAGUUUUUUUCUUGAGCACAAAGAGUGACAUUCUGUGCGCUUGUUUGGAUGUGUGCCACUGUGAUGCACAUGAGUUACUGAGAAUUUUUGCACAUGCACACACCUAUUUUAUUUAUACACACACACACACACACACACACACACACACACACACACACAGGGCUCGACAAAUACGCUUAGAUUUCAGUCAGUUGCCCUGUUCACCGGCGGUCCUUGCAUGCGCAGUGCAGGUCUUGCACAUGUGGGGUGCGGGGAUGGCAAGUGGUUUUCGCUGGGAUCGUCUAGCCCUCUGUGUGUGUGUGUGUGUGUGUGUGCAUGCACAUGCAUGCAGUUUAAAUUAUGGAAGAAAAAUACUGUAACAAAUGAUGAAUAUGGUUCAUGACCCUGCUCUCAUGCACCCUGAAAACUUCCCAGCUUGACACUGUCUUAUUCCCACCCAGCCUUGCUCCACUGUUCCUGCAUCCAUGAGUUCCCCAUCUGCUGCAUCCCCACCCUGUGCACCCUUUACCACCAACCCUGCAUUGUGCCCUCUUUGCCCCCAACUUCUGCAGUGUUCCCUUCAUCCCAACCCCUGCACUUUCCUUACAGUCUAAUCCAAAGUGGAGUAAUUUGUAAAAAAGUAAUGCACUGUCCCUCACCAUUGACUCUAAAGCUCAUUCUGUAGUUGCAAGUUAAUGGCAUUCAGCAUAUGAAUUUAGGGAUAUCACCAGAAAAUUUCAUCCAGCUCUUUUUCCACAUUACUAUGCUGUAUAUAGGACGUAUAACCAACAAUUAGAUUAUUUCUUGUAAUAUCUUCAUUCUUUUGACCCCUGUGAAUCACAGAAAAGUCCCUUUCAUUUGUCAUCAAUUUCAUAUUGAUUUAGCAUGAAUAGAAAAUAAUCAACAUCCAUUAAGAAAGUUGUGCGUGUGUGAGAGAGAUUGACAGAAAUAACUUCCACGGGGAGAGAAAUAAUCAUCGGCACAAUCAACACUAGUGAUUUGAUUGAUGCCUUCACAAGCGACAAGACUAUAGCAGGUCACAGAGAAUUGUUCUCCUUGACAUGGUUUAAUCACGUAAAUAUGAACAGGGCACAGAACAUUUCUCUAGUCAUUUGCCAUCUAUUUUAUCCUUCAGAUAACCUGCAGAUUUUCCUUUUGAGAUCCUGAGGUAGAGCUCAGGACUUAAAACCCUCCUGAGAGCUGGAGCAAUUCAGAGAUCACAGAGGACUUUGGACGACUUGUGCGCACAGGACUGAACUCCUGUCCACCCUUCCCCCUUUUCUUCUUUCAUUACACCCAGGCCUGGCCAGCCUCAGGUAGCGAGUGUGUGAGUAUGAAAGCGGGUUAGGGCGUGGGCACUAACGCUUCCUUCCUUCCUCUGAGUGACAUGGGAAGCACCCAUCACUCUCUGCUGUUGUUUUAUUACUUUGUUAAUAAAGCUUUAAAACUUA